AUGGCAGAAGUGUCACCAAGAACACUGGCUAUGGUGCUAACCAUAGGAUGCAUGUCCAUAUUUGCCCCAGCAGGACUAGCCCAGCUACUGCCUUUCCCUCCCCUACCACCCCUGCCAUUUGGUAUUGGUGCUAACCCACAAUGUUGGUCAUCCAUUACAGGGAUACAAGGCUGUGUUCUUGAGAUUAUUACUUCAUUCACAACUGGUAAAAUUGGUGUUAUUGGCCCUGCCUGUUGUACUGCCAUCACUAACAUUCAAUCUGAUUGCUGGCCUAAAUUGUUCCCAUUGAACCCAUUCUUCCCAGCUGGGCUAAAGACCUUUUGUGCUGCACCUACCCCGCUCCGGCCGAGCAUCGCUCACAAGUUGGAGCCAGAGCUGAAGAAAGAACAGACUGAAAUCACAGAAUGCUGGUCAUCUGUUGCAAACAUAACUGACUGUGUUGCACGGAUUGUUAAGGCUUUUACCACUGCACAAACUGGUGGUAUUGGACCUGCUUGUUGCGAGGCAGUAAUUAGUACUAUUGACAACAAUUGCUGGGCUAAGAUGUUCCCUUUCAAUCCAUUCUUUGGUCCUUUGAUCAAGAGUGCUUGUGCUACAUCGAUAGGAGAUUCACCUUCACCUCCAUCAAAGUGA